AUGGCUACAACCGCAAUAUCUACUCAACCUUCAAACCCUGCGCGACGACCUACACCGCUUGCUGAUGCCUCUAUCGCUACCGCUACCGGCACUGGCACUGGCACCGCUGUUGGCACUGGUACCGAUAGUAGCGCUCGCAACGGUUCUACAGUACAAACCCCUGUACUGAGCGUUACGAGUGAAGGAGGCGUUGCUGACUUUCGAGCUGUAGGUGCGGCGAAUGGAUUCGGUGUCUUGCAACACACUGGCCCCCCAGUACAGGAUGAUAUUCCGGGCCUAUAUAGAGAUGGACGUGUACGUAACCCUGUGCCUAGUAAGCUGAAGGGCAAAACCGACGCGACGAAAGGGAACUUCGGAGUUAUGCACAUAGACCUCACUACUACCAACGAAAGUCGGGAGCGUGAUGCAGCAGCCAAACGCACGAGUGAGGGAACGCAGCUUGCGGCCAGACUGGCCCAGACAGACCGUUACAUUCCCAUCAGACGGAGCAAAUUUAUCUAUCGACCAGAAGUCCAUGCCUCGAACAGUCCACCGCAGCUCAACGCACCGCAUCCCAGCGCACCGCAGCCGAACGCACCGCAGCCGAACGCACCGCAGCUGAACGCACCGCAACUCAACAAACCGCAGCAAAACGCAUCGGGACUCGAUAAACCGCAACUGAAUAAACCGCAACCUAGUACACCGCAGCUCAAUACACCGCAGCUCAAUGCUCCGCAGCCAACACCGCUACUCAAUAAACCGUGGCCCCCUGAAACGCCGCUCACCACACCGCAACGGAAUGCCCCCCAGCUCAACCGACCCCAGCUGAACACGCCAUAUAUUCGGGAGACUGUUGGAGACACGGCGCAGGUGCGGAGGAGGGCCUCGACACUUACGACUGUGGAGACAAUAGCCGAACAAGCUCGACUCUUGACUCUGUUGCGAAGCCUAGACCCUGAUCUGGUUGUUGAUCAGCUUUGCAAGGGUCUGAAAUUCUUUGGAGGGAUUACCAAUGAGCGCACAUCACCCGGCGCAUCUUUUCCCAUCAGCGCUGAGGCGAAUGGUUCUGGAUCCCUCUUUGUUGGCUGGCUGGCAGAGAUCUUUCCAGCUCUAGACCAAGGGGUAAUGUCGAGCGCACACCAAACGAAGCUGAGACGACCACGUGGUCGUCCUAAAGGAAGUAGGAAUGCGAAGGGAAAACGAGCUGGCCAUAGUGGGCAACGACUCGUUUCAGGAGCUCAUGCAGCAGAAGCAACAACGGACAACAGUGCAGGUGAUGACGCGGUGGAUGCUAGUUGGGUUGACAUUGAUGACACCAUUGCAGAUACUGACAGAGAGCGUUUGCAAGUGGACGCCGAGCGGGUGGUCGAAACUCCAGCUUUCAGUCAGGUAGUCUCCGGUCCAGGUGCUUCCGGUGGAAUGCCGGAAUCUGGCUCCGCCCAGACCUCGACAACUACGCCUGCCCCCAAGCGGAGAGGGAGACCUAAAGGCUCGAAAAAUCGACCGAAAGAUACGGUGCCCUCGGCCAACGAUGCUCAUGAGGAUACGAAUGGUGUAUCCGGGACCCCAGUGAUGAUUCAGCCAACAGCAGUUAACCCUCCCGAAUCCUCAAGCACGACUGGGGGUCUUGACGAGCUCGGAUCGCCGCUUGUCAAGAAGCGGAAAGGAGGCCCUGGCCGUCCUAAGGGAUCCAAGAAUCGACCGAAAGGAUCAGCAAAUGUCCACGGCUCUCAAUCUCAACAAACACCACCUAAAUCGGAUGCAAACGACCAACGAAGCGGGCCACAACCUGCCGCUGCGGGUGAUUUAGCUCUGCCGGCGCCUGCUGGUGGUUCCACAUCCUCUACCCGAGAACAACAAUACGAGCAGCGACCGGCCAUUCCGGUAAAUGUUGCUUCUCAGUUCGGACCGGAGACUGUCAGCGAAUCCGCUGCCAUGAAGCAACAAGUCAGCAAAACCUCCAGAGUCGCAAAGCGCAAACGGAAGGCUUCUCAAGAAGACAGAGACAGUAAUGCCGGCAACGAGUCGCUAACAGAUGCCUCGACUUCAGAUCCAAAUAAUGUUAGAUUUACUGCAAUCACCAGUGAGAGCCCUUCGUCACCGCAGAUGGCCCGGUCUCAAGGACUACAAGUGCAGGAUCACACUCAUGGCCAUCAGCCAGUGACCAAGAGGCAGAAAUUACCGAAUCAUCAGCGCCAAGAUGCUGCCUCAAACAGUGGAAUGACGCAAGCUAGCCAGAACAGUCAGACUGGACAAGGUGGGCAGCGCGUGCCACAAUUGCUAGAGCCAACGCAGACAGACCUUCACAAUAGCAGCCUCACAGAUGCCAAUAAUAAUAAUCUUCAGAAGCCGAGGAACCAGAUGGGCGGCUCGGCAAACCGACCAUCGCUCCAGCAAGCCCUCAACGCGCAGCAACCUCAGUCUGAUCUACGACUUCAAUACAGCCAAAGCCUCAUAGCUUCAUCCGCUGGCCAAGGAGUUGAAAGGACUGAGGUAGCGGAAUCCUACUCCUUGAAUAUGCCAUCAAGGCAAGCCAUGUACAAUCAAGGUGGAUCGGCUCAGGGGCAACAGCAACAACAUCUCUUUCAUCAGCAAGAGCAACAUCAGCCAACUACACAGAACCGAUCUAAUGACAGUCAGCACCGCCUAAGCAGCUCGGGUCCCGGCCGGAUUCCGUCAUCAUUAGGGCAGAAUGGGGACAGCUAUACAGAGUCGACAAGUGACGGAAACUAUCAGGGGCUGGUGGGCCUUCAGCACCCUACGUACGGCACCCACAUGACCGGAUCAUCGAGCACGCGAGGAGAUAGCUACCGGACUUCGACCUCACGGCCGAUACAACAGCAAUCAUCUACAUUCCAUGCACGGCAGGAACACUCAGUACAGAAUACGGGCAUGUCGUCUUUCCAGGACUAUUCCGAUUCGACAUUUCUGGCAAGUCUGACAACGGCUAAUCAAGCAAGCUUGGCGAUGAAUUCCACACAAUACAAUGUCAAUGGUGCAGAGAUGCAGCGUGCAUCGCCGAACAUGAACUCAACGUAUGGCUCGUCGCACUUGAGCCAGUCGUCUUUUGAUGGCGGCAUGACAGAAUCUGCAAUGAGAGAACGCAUGUAUCAUACUUCGAGACGUACACUGUGCGACUGGCACCUUGCUCCGACUGGUGUCAAGGGCUCAAAACAUAUUCCUGACCCCCUGACUACGCAGUUGCGCCAUGGAAGACCACGUCGGCGUACCUCGGUCAAGAUCCAAUGCCCAACCGGUCCUGGCUAUAACAAGACUACAAAGCUAAAUGGAAAACUGUUUGAUGUUGGUAUCUUUAUCCAGAUCCCAGGUAUUGCACCCCUCUCCAUGCUGGUCCUGACAAAGAGAAGGUGA